AUGUCUAACACACACUUCCUACUGUUGUUUCUUGCCGUGGCUGCUCUCACGGCCACCACCUCCAAUGCCGAUUACCAAAAGCCACCAACUCCGGUUUACAAUCCACCCGUUCCCAUUCACAAGCCACCAACUCCGGUUUACAAUCCACCCGCUCCCAUUCACAAGCCACCAACUCCUCCUGCUUACAAACCUCCUCCGGUGAGCAAGCCACCCACAGAACACAAGCCACCAACUGCUCCUGUUUACAAACCCCCUCCGGUGAGCAAGCCGCCCACAGAACACAAGCCACCAACUGCUCCUGUUUACAAACCCCCUCCGGUGAGCAAGCCACCCACAGAACACAAGCCACCAACCCCUGUUUAUCAGCCACCUAAAGUAGGGCAUCCAACUCUACCGCCCAAAACAGGAGAAUAUCCACCACCAGAACACAAACCGCCAACACCACCAAAGCACCUGCCAUCCCCGCCUUAUGGCCACCCUCCCCCGGAGAAAGGUCAAGAUCCUCACAAGCCACCAACCCCGGUGUACAAGCCUCAACCACCAACACCACCAAAGCACCUGCCAUCGCCGCCUUAUGGCCACCCUCCCCCGGAGAAAGGUCAAGAUCCUCACAAGCCACCCCGGAAGGUUUUCCCUCCACCACCAUACGGGAAGCCACCUACCACAAAUUAA